AUGGCAAUAAGCGCAGCCCAUGCCCCAGCGCCCGAUCUCCAGGAAAUCCAUGACUUUCUCAUUGAUCUGGCCACCCGGGCGGGAGCUGUGAUCACCGGUGCGAAGCCAUUGGUCAAUGGCGUCGACUCCAAAAAGAAUAGUAGGGCUGCUCCGCAAACUUCCAACGCCCGCCAUUUGCUUUGCAAUGCACCUGUACCUGUCCAGUACAUUGCAUAUCUCCUUAUGAUGCAUAUUUGCUCCGAUCUCGUAACGGAAUAUGACCGUGCCGUCGAAGCGAUGGUCUCCAAGGAGCUCAGAUCCAGAUAUCCCACAUACGAAUUCAUGGGCGAAGAAACCUACCACCUCUCCUCCGUCCUCACGGAUGCACCAACCUUCAUCGUCGACCCAAUCGACGGCACCGUAAACUUCGUCCACGGCUUCCCUAACUUCUGCAUCUCGCUCGGCCUCACCGUCAACAGGCAGCCCGUCGUCGGUGUCGUCUUCAACCCGUCCACCGCCGCCCUCUACUCCGCCAUCCGCGGCAAGGGCGCGUUCUUCAACCGCACCACCCAGCUGCCGCUGAAUGGCGCCGCCACCGAGCCGCUGCGUGGCCUUCGCAAUGCGCUGAUCGCGGUCGAGUGGGGCUCUGAUCGCGUCGGGCGCAAUUGGGAGACGAAGCUGCGCACCUUCGAGAGGCUGGGGAAGACGGAGGAGGAGGGCGGGGCGAUGGUGCAUUCCAUGCGGUGCACAGGGUCUGCGGCGCUGAACAUGUGCGCGGUUGCGACGGGGGCUCUUGAUCUAUACUGGGAGGGCGGCUGUUGGGCGUGGGAUGUGUGUGCGGGUUGGGUGAUCGUGACGGAGGCUGGGGGGCUGGUUGUCGAUGGGAACCCGGGCGGGUGGGAGGGCCAGGUUGAUGGGAGGAAGUAUCUUGUCGUCCGGCCGUCGCCGAAUGGGGAGGGCCAAAAAGAGAUCAUCGAGGAGUUUUGGAGCCACAUUCAGGGGAGCUUUGAUUAUUCGCAUUGA